GUGAAGAGACCCACUCGGUGGCAAGCUGGUGAUGCGUCACAGCUUAGGAGAAAAAAAGGAGGUGGGAGAAAAGAGAACUAAAAUAACGAAGAACCUGCGGGUUAAAAUGCACCAAUGGCCACCAAGUCAUCCGCGGUCUCAAAGUGGCAAGAAGAAAUGGACUACAGGUGAUCACUGUAAAUGCUGGAAGUAGUGGCUAAAUCCAUCUGGAAAACUUCGCCAUGUGAAGAAACACAAAAUAUCUGCAAAGUUGCAUAAAUUACUUUGCUUUAACCACGUCACUCCUCGGGAGAUCAUGAAAGUGCAUCGCAUGAGGACAAGAGGAGAAAGCUGAAGAAAGACAUCUUCACCGAUGAGGCAGCCAAGUUCCUCUGCGCCUCUCCUUUUACGCACAGGCGCGGCGAGGACGGAGAGCACAACAUCGAGACGCUGAAAUAUCGAAAGCACAACUACAAUUUUUUUUUAAAUUAAAAAACUUUUAAUCAUAAAAAAAGAGGAAGAAAUAAAGAAAGAAAGCACAUCAUGGAUGCAGAAGGAGGAUCAUUCGGACUGGCCAAAUCAGCUGCCUUAAAACUAUCCGAAAUGGGUGAGAGGACCAAGAAGCUGGGCUCCGCGAUGAAAGACCCUCACCAGCAGAAACGGAUCAUAUUAGUGAUUGUUUGCGUGGCUCUGCUGCUGGACAAUAUGCUCUAUAUGGUCAUUGUACCAAUUAUUCCCGACUACCUUGCUGAUUUGGAGAACGAGCAGUCAGAACACGUUCACCUAGUGCUGCACCCCAACACUUCUUUAGCCAACAGCACAAAUGAAGACAAAAUCAACAAGGAUAACUUGGACAUCCAAAUAGGAGUCCUUUUCGCCUCUAAAGCCAUCCUGCAGCUCCUGGUCAACCCACUCACUGGGACGUUCAUAGAUCGAAUUGGAUAUGACAUUCCUCUCCUCAUCGGGCUGAGCGUCAUGUUCGUAUCCACCUGCAUUUUCGCCUUCGCUGAAAACUAUGCCACGCUGUUCGUGGCCAGAAGCCUCCAGGGUCUGGGUUCUGCUUUCGCAGACACCUCGGGCUUCGCGAUGAUCGCCGACAAAUACACGGAGGAAGCCGAGCGGAGCCGCGCGCUCGGCAUCUCUCUGGCGUUCAUCUCUUUCGGGAGCCUGGUUGCGCCUCCCUUCGGGGGGGUCCUGUACGAGUUCGCCGGGAAGAGGGUCCCCUUCAUCGUGCUCGCCUCCAUCUGCCUGGUGGAUGGUUUUCUAUUGCUUACUGUCAUUAAGCCCUUUUCCAACAGGACACGAGAGAACAUGCCAGUGGGCACCCCCAUCUACAGACUCAUGAUCGACCCCUACAUCGCCGUGGUAGCCGGUGCGCUCACCAUGGCCAACAUUCCACUGGCCUUUCUGGAGCCCACCAUCGCCAACUGGAUGGAGACCACUAUGCACUCCACUCAGUGGGAGAUGGGACUCACAUGGCUGCCCGCUUUCUUCCCUCACAUCCUUGGUGUUUACAUUACAGUCAAACUGGCAGCAAAGAACCCCCAUUUGCAGUGGUUCUAUGGGGCUCUAGGUAUGGUCAUCAUAGGGGCCAGUUCAUGCACGGUCCCCGCAUGCAAAACUUUCGGGGAGCUCAUCGCCCCGCUGUGCGGGAUCUGUUUCGGCAUCGCGCUGGUGGACACGGCGCUGCUGCCGACGCUCGCUUUCUUGGUUGAUGUGCGUCACGUCUCCGUGUACGGCAGCGUUUAUGCCAUCGCGGAUAUCUCGUAUUCGAUCGCAUACGCUAUGGGUCCGAUAGUGGCCGGGCAGAUCGUGCACAACCUUGGCUUCGUCCAGCUGAAUCUGGGCAUGGGGCUGGUGAACGUACUUUACGCGCCGGCGCUGCUGCUGCUGCGCAACGUGUGCCAAAUGAAACCGUCCUACUCAGAAAGGGAUAACCUGUUAGACGAGGCUCCGCAGGGGCUGUAUGAUACCAUUAAAAUGGAAGAGGUGAGGGCAAAAAAGAAGGGCUACAGUUCAGGCGGUAAUUGCUUGUCGGUGGAUGAAAAUGGGUUCGAUUCCUCCAAAGCACAACAGUCCUCCAGUUCAGAGUUUACCUAAACAUUCCUACUUUAGGGAGUUUGAUUCCCAGAAUGAGGCAGAAAGGUCCUAAACUUGUGAUUGAAUAUUUUACAUAUGUACCUAAAAUAUAAAACACCCAAUCGAAAAUCAUGAUUGUGUGAUAUUUUUACCAAAGUAUUUUCUUUCUUUCUUUCUUUCUUUCUUUCUUUCUUUCUUUCUUUCUUUCUUUCUUUCUUUCUUUCUUUCUUUCUUUCUUUCUUUCUUUCUUUCUUUCUUUCUUUCUUUCUUUCUUUCUUUCUUUCUUCAUUGUGUCAAAAAAGUCUACGUGGCGUUCGUCAACAGGAGUUUUUGUGAGAGAUUUAUCAGCACCUGUUGGAUUUGUGUGUGUCUGAAUAUUUAUAUUGAAAAUAAUAAUAUAUAUGAAUCAACAUGUGGGACCAACUGAAACAUUAAACAGCACAUUUUCCUUCCUUCAGCACAAACAUAGGAAAUUAUUUUCUAGUCAGUUUUGCACAUCAAACGGCCUCCGUAAAUGGGAGAUUUUGUGAAUUAUUUACCAGAUGAGUUUAUUUUAUUUAUUUAUUUUUUGAUAUUUGAAGGUAAACGUGUCAUGAUAAAUUGUGGUAUAUCUGCACAAUGGAAAAUUGUUUACGAGUGUGGGUGCGUGCGUGUGCGCAUUUUGUGAAGACGGUGAAAACAACUAUGUCCUGAAAAUGAACAAAUUUGUUAUUGUUUUUAUGUUUGUUUUUCUGAAUGAGCUGUUGUUUAAUAAAUCUCUGUUUGAAUCUG